AUGGGUAAACUUCCAAGAAAGUUUAAAGGACGUAUACACAUUAUGCGUACCAACAUUAGUUGUCAAUUCGUUGGGAACAAUCAAUUAUUCAUACAAGGAUUCUGCGACGCGUCCGAAAGCGCAUACGGCGCGUGCAUCUAUGUGCAAUCAGUGAACAAUUGUCAGGACAAGAUAUCGAGCCGAUUACUCUGUUCAAAGGCUAGGGUAGCCCCUUUAAAGAAACAAACCGUACCAAGAUUAGAGCUAUGUAGCGCGUUACUGUUAGCAAAACUACUUGAUAACGUGAAAAAGGCAAUUCGAGUCAACAUUGAUGGUAUAUAUGCAUGGUCAGACUCCAUGGUCGUACCGCACUGGUUGCGUGGUGAUACAUCGCGCUGGAAGCCAUUUGUAUACAAUCGUGUGGCGGAAAUACUGGAAAUCCUGCCAGCAAGUCAAUGGAAUCACGUCAAAAGUUCCGAAAACCCUGCCGAUUUAAUCUCAAGAGGUGCCACUCCUGCUCAACUAAAGGACAGCAGCUUGUGGAAUGGCCCUGAGUGGCUAUUGAGUAUACGUCAAUCUACAAACCAUGAAGAGUCCAAUUGGGAGCUCAACGAAGAAGAUCUUGCCAGUGUUGAAUUCGAGAGCAAAGGAGAAGUACGAUGCUGCAAUGUAAAUGCACAACAGGCAUCUUCAUGUGGCGAAGCAAUAGCCAAGCUAAUCGAACGCUGCUCCACGUUAACAAAAAUAGAGCGAUCACUCGCUUAUUGUAUUCGAUUUGUCUCCAACUGCCGCAAAAAGGGGGAGAACAGAAUCACCAGGUUAACUCUGUCAGAAAUAACAACCGCGCAUAUGGAGUUAAUCAAACAUUCGCAACUCAUUUAUUUUCCAGAUGACAUAAAGGAUUUACGAGUUAAGGGCGAACUGCGCCAAUCAAGUCAACUGAGCCAAUUGCAAGCCUUCCUUGACAAAGAUGGUGUCCUCAGGGUGGGCGGUCGUUUACAAGAAACUCCAUGGACUUUCGAGAGAAAGCAUCCAAUCUUAUUGUCAGGUCAAUGCAAAAUCACGCGUUUGCUAAUUGAAAGAGAGCAUCGUGUCCUACUGCACGCUAGUCAGCAACUAUUGCUGUCAGUUAUACGACAGAGUUAUUGGCCAUUAAACGCGAGGAGCAACAUAGUGAGAUAA